GGUGUGCGUGACUGUGUCUACAGUGUGUACAAGUCGUUUUUAGUUACAGUUAAAAAUCGUUAUAUCGAGAGGAAAAUGAGUGAUUUAGAAGUGAGUUUAGUUACAUAUUAUACCAGUGUAUGCAUCUUUAAAUUAGGUUACAACGCCGGCUUUUAAACGUGGCUACGUUUGCGCUGCUGAGCGUGCCGCAUCUCGACGCAUCGCUCCGCUACGUUCCUGGUUCCCUCGUUCCAUUAUCAUGGUACACUUGGAGCGCUUCCUCGUGGCUGUUUUCAUACGGACGCUUAAUCCGGCAUUUAAAAACAUGGUUUCAACACUGACAACACUGAAUGACUUUGAUUAAAGACCAAGAGGAAGGUAUUUUUCUUUCCCACUAUUGUGGGGUCACUAAUCUCUCGGCCGAAUAUAACAUUCGUGGCUUUGAGGUAUUUUUAGACACAGAAGUUACAGAUAACGUAUUGGUUGCAGUCGUUCCUGAUUAUCCAUUUUGAUUCUGCAGCGAAAAAACAGAUAGAUCUCGAUUUUUCAUUUGUGAUGGAAUAACGCACGAUACCAGACGCGGAUUCCCUAAUGACAGGCCCAUAAUCUUUGCCUAAUGUUCCAUGAAACUCAAGACCUGCAGGAAAAAAGUUGUUCGUGUUGCUAUCAAGACGAUUUGAACAAGAAGACCAGCCUUGAAGUCGAUGUAUUUUCUAUUAUCGAAAUAUAUUAGAUCUCAAAAAGAAGAUUUAUGAUUGACGCAUUUUGCCAUCUCAAUUGGGCUGAACAGCUGGUAUAAAUCCUACGAUUUGCGCUCUCAAGCCAGUUUUGAACUGACCGGCUUACAAGAAAGGUCUCUCUAGCUUUCCGGCUAAAAGACUGAGCCUAAGCCCGACUCUCAAGAAGUCACAGUUGAACUAGUGCUCUGUAGGGGGUUAAGAUGAAUUCACUGUACAAUGCAACAGCUAGAAACUGUACGAGCGUCGGGAAUGGAACAUCGUGUGGCGUAGGUAAUUCCCUCUCACCGUGGUACUACAGUUCAUUUAACGUUACCUUAGUAGUGCUUUACUCUCUGAUCAUCUUUGCCGCUCUUAUGGGCAACAUCCUGGUUUGUCUAGCGGUUUGCAUCAACUCGAAUUUACGUCAAAACGUGUCCUCCUAUUUCAUUGUUUCCCUUGCGAUUUCCGACAUUGGGACGACAUGUCUUUCAAUGACGUUUGAUCUCGAGCAAUUCACAACGCAUGGAAAAUGGUACCACGGUGAAACGAUGUGUGUGAUUUGGACCACGGCUUAUCUCAUUACCGUUCCCUCAUCCAUUUGGAAUCUAUUUGUUUUGAGCAUCGAUCGUUAUAAGACGCUUAAAAACCCUUGGAAAAGAUACAAAGAAUCUCAUUCGAUGACGACAAAAAGAGCUAUCAUUACAAUUGCUAUCUUAUGGAUCUACUGCUUUGCUUUCGCGCUCCUUCCCGUCAUGGGCUGGAAGGCUUAUCCCAGAAGCGUAAAAAACAACUACUGUUGGUUUAAUAUUUCAUUGAAUUUCAGUAUCGUCGGCUCAGCAUUCAAUUUCUAUCUGCCUAUGUUUGCUAUGUGCUAUAUCUAUUAUAAAGUCUACCAGAUCGCUCGUGCGCACAUCAAGUUCCCCUUAGCGUUGAAGACGCGUUAUGAUCAAGCAACUGGGUCAGGAAAUGCAUCUGGAGUCAGUACUGUCAAUACCUUGGAAAGUCCAAGGAGAACGUCUGCCAAACAGUAUCCGAAUGUUGACCCAACGAACCAAGAAACGGCGACCCGAGAGGUGAUGGGGUUGGAGAAUGUGUCCUUUUACUUCGAGGAGAACCUGGCAAACAAGUCGUUGAGGCCGGAAAAGGAACCUACUGGAAAAGAAAACAAAAGCGCAAAUGAAAAAUUUGAUGCGAUUCGUGUUAACCCAUUAGGAAAAGUGGAUAUCAACGAUAUCAACGUAGGUUUUAGCAACAAACCACGUAUAACAAACCAAUGCAUCAAUACUCGUACUGAUGACUUAGUCUCUACAAAGAACAAUGAUGAUCUCCGCAAGUAUCGAUAUGGCUUGAAAAGGUGUGACAGUGUUGAUAACGAUAUUCAACAACUUGACUCCGAAACGAAAACCCGCGCAGAAAACAGGAAUGUUAAAGACCGAAGUGGCGAUAAUAAACCAGGAUUCUCCUCAGACGAGUUAACGUCAUCCUUAUCCACUCGAGAAGCCGUAAUGCGGGAGUCUGUUGAGAAAGAUGAACGUGCAAUAAUUAAAAAGAGCUCUAAAGAAAUCAUUCCUCAGUCAUCUACAGUAUUACAUCCAAGCAACUUGGAUAGCGAGAUGGAAAAGGUCAAAGCAGGGCUUACUGAGAGCAAGAAGGAAAACAAGGAUCGCAGCAGUCAAGAAAACUUCACAGAAAAAUCCCAGCUAAAAACAUCGAUAUCUUUGAACAGUUUUAAAAGGUUUUAUGAUCCCAGUUCGCGGCUAGACAACAAGUGCAUCAAGAGUAAACCUACCGUAUCAAGCUCUACUUCUGAUAACUCCUUGUGCAAACGAAAGACAAAAUUACCUUUCGCAAAACCUUUGAAUAAAAAAAGUGAAGCUAUUAAUGACGACGAGUCCUGUAGCCUCAGGAAAUUCCACAAAAGGUCGAUCGAAAACCAAGAUGAGUUCAUAGAAAGUCGUAGAGAAUCAAGCUCAGAGAGCAAGGGUUGUCCCCCGCCCCCGGGCGAAUUUAAAGGAACUUUCAAACGGCAAAGAGAUUCACUGACGCACUCAAACCAGAGACGCCUAAAACACCUAACGAAAAAUACGAAGGCUGCCCGCACUAUCUCGAUCAUAGUCGGUACUUUUCUGAUCUGCUGGAUUCCGUUCACUACCAUGAGUAUCGCAUUCAAUAUCUGUAGUGUGCCAUGUUAUACUCUUAUUCCUUCAGAGGUUUUUUCGAUUCUUCUCUGGUUGGGAUACCUAAAUUCUGCUUUAAACCCGGUACUAUUCAGCUAUCGUAACAUGCAGUUUAGGAAAUCGUACAGAAAAAUUGCUAGCAAAGUGCUUCCGUGUCUGAAAAAACAGUGAUGAAUAUCGGUCUGACAAACACUAGAAAAGAACUCGAUUAUUACAAAGAGAUCAUUUAUUCAGCAUUCAAUUAAUCAUUGUAGUAAACUCUAUUUCUAGCCUGCGCAGACGUCCUUAGAACCCUUAAGGAGAAAUAACACGGAGCAAUUUUCUCUGCAACCUGUCUCGCAACGGUGUUGCGACACAAGCUGCAUGGAGCUUUGCACCGUGUAACCUACAGCGCAAAUUAAAAAAAAAAUGUUCCGAAAAGUUGCACCGUGUAAACAGUCAUGCAACUUGUGUCGCAACAGCGUUGUGAGACAGGUUGCAGAGAAAAUUGCUUCGUGUAAUCGCGGCUUUAGGGUUGGUCACGAAAUUGUGUGACGACGUGACGACCCUAAUAACGUCUGUGUCGUCCGUCCUCCGAUCAGAGAAAGGUAUUAAUUAAUUGAUUAAUUAAUAACAGGUUCGUGACGAAGGAUUUGGGAUGGGCCGUGCCCUGACUAUGACGGUGCUGUGUACGAGCAUUCUGAUUGGAUGAAUAUUAACCCCUUGCAAUGUGAUUGGUUCAAUAGAUGUCGUCCAUUUCGUGCCCUGACAGUGACUAUACCGUAAGCGCUUCCCAGCCAUGUAAAAUCUAGUCUAGCUAAUUUUAUAAAAGCCAGUUAUAAAUCUGGCGUUGUGGUUGGCUGAAGCAGGUGCCCAAUGAGAGCACACAGCACGUACAAGAUCUUUCGCAGUUGCGUCAUUCCUAUCAAAAUAACGGUUUUAGUUAUUUGUAUUUUAUAAAACUGAAAAAGCUGAUAUAAAACUGACUUCCGUUUUAUGCUGUGUAUAGAGUUAAAAAAAGCAAUUGGGGGUUGGCAGAGCACUUCAAAAGUGUUGAGAAGCACUUUGCUACGCAUCAUGCUUCUCGUGUUUUCCUAAUCCCUUUUUGACUUCAAAAAUGGACACAGCACACGCGUUAGCUAUUUCUUCAGUGUAAAACGAGUCAUUCGACUCUUUGCAGAUUACCAUAAUCUAUAUUCUAAGACUUUAAAACCUUUAUCAACUUGUUAACACUUACAUAUAUAUAUAUAUUAAGAGUUACCAGAAGUGAUAUACUUAUGUAAUCAAUUUAUAUAGCCAACGAACAAGCUAGUUUUGACCAUGGAUCAUCAGUAUAUGAUCCACGUAAUUAACGAAUGAAAGCUUUUCAAAAACCGACUAUGUACUGCUGUUUGUAAUAGCCGCUAUGUUUGGAUGAAUUUAACAAAACCACACCAACCAUAAAAACUGACAAGAACAAAUACAAAAACACGAAAGAAUGGCAUUAUUAUCUUCUGCUUAAUCAUCGAACAUGGUGGUGGCCAUGUCCUUUUCUUAGGAACUAAAUCCGCCAGUCUGUAGAGGAUUGAUAAUUUCAAUAUCAGUCAUAUGUGUAGCAAGUGCAGUCAGCAAGGAGGCCACAGCCCAACAAUAUACACUGUACAUAUAGUUAGGGGUAUAUUAUCGAUUACAAUAUUUAGAAAGAAUUGAACUAAAAGACCACAUUGGGGUAGGGUAGCUGCGCAAAAGAAGGUGGUCGCUUAAUAGAGGUCAAAAGAAACAGGUGUGAAAAUUAAUCAUAUAUUAUAUUAAGAGCGACUGGUCGUGAAACAGAGGUUGGUCGGUAAUAAGGUGACCGCUUGAACCAUAUUUACUUAGUUAAGUAUUAAGACUUGUAAUGUAUCAUAGCUCAAUAAACCUGUGUUUUUGGGAACUCCUAGAUGAGUAUGUAGAAAUGCGCUCAGUGAUUAUAAGUUUAAUACAAAGAAAUAAAAAACCCUCCUCAUCUUU